AUAAAUCGUCAAUUUGUCACUUGUUGGAUUGUUGGUUGUGUUGUGUAUAUAUACUAGACUUCUAGUUGUCCAAGACUACAUUGAAGAUUGAUCAUUGAAUCAGUUUAAUAAAUGAAGUGAUGUUACGUAUUGUGUUCAAUUUGCGCAACGGUCAAUAAUUGAAACCAAGUUAAUAUUCAGUUUAUCGAUGUAACAUUCGCUGAAGCACAAGUGUAUUUUAUGUCAUGUAAAAUAAUUUUAGCUUACAGUUACAUUAAAUUGAAAGAAAAGUAAUUGUGGUAUAAAUUCUUAAGGAUAAUGGUUAAAUUUCUGUGACAUCUUGUUUUGUAUUGUUGUUCAAACUGAAUUACAAUGACGGCGACUUAUAAUGAUUAUUAUGAUGGAAGCAAAUUAUUUUUGUUUUUAUCCAAUAGAAUCGGUCUUCCAAUUGAUCUGGUUAAUUUUUUCAUUUCACAAAUAGCUGCAUUAUGUGUGGCCAGAUUUUUUCGAAAACCAUUAAAGCUAGCCUCGCCUGAAUUUCGACAUUCAUUGUGCCUUGUUAUAGGGUUGCUUAUGGGAUAUUUCUGCUUUGGAAAACAAGCAGUUCAUUUAUCAGUACUCCCUAUGCUGAGUUACAUGUUGCUGAAGACUGUGCCACAGCGUCUUACAGGAAAUAUAAUUUUGGCUGCCUCGAUGAUAUACUUAUCAUGUCUUCAUUUGCACCGGCAAAUAUAUCACACAGCCAAUUACAAUUUAGAUAUUACAGGUCCUUUAAUGGUCAUAACACAGAGGGUUACGUCACUGGCGUAUUCGUUUCAAGAUAAUUUAAAGAGAAAAGAAAUUAAUGCGAACUCUACAAAACAAACAGAGAAGGAAGCAUGCCGAGUAGACAAGAUUCCGUCGCCACUCGAAUAUUUUGCUUAUACUUUAGCAUUCCAAACUUUGAUGUGUGGACCAGUUGUGUUUUAUUCAGAUUAUAUAAGCUUCAUUGAGGGAGAUAAUGGAAAAGACAAUAGUAAAUCAUUUGGAAAUGAGCCUUCUCCUCGACUUGCUGUGUUAUACAAGGUUGCUGGCUCUGUGGCUGCGGCUCUCCUUUACUUGUCUCUGGCAGAGAAAUACCCCUUGAAUGUACUUGAAGAGUUAAAAGAUCCUACUUCUGAAGUAUCACGAUCGUGGUCCGCGUUAUAUCUCCUGUGGUACGCGUAUCUCUCCACUCUCGUAGUGAGAUGCAAGUACUACCACGCGUGGUUAUUGUCUGAAGCCAUAUGCAACAAUUCAGGAAUGGGCUUCAACGGCUACGACAACAACGGUAGCCCAAAAUGGGAUAAAAUGUCUAAUAUAGACGUUUUCGGAUUCGAGUUCGCGCAGAACUUCCGCACGGCAGUGUCCAGUUGGAACAAGAACACGAACGCGUGGCUGCGCGUGGCGGCGUACGAGCGCGGCGGCGCGGCGUGGCGCACGGCGCGCGUGUACGCGCUGUCGGCGCUGUGGCACGGCUUUCACCCCGGGUACUACCUCACCUUCUUCGCGGGCGGGCUCUUCACCGUCGCCGCUAAGAAGAUCCGCGCGUUUGCUCGUCCGAUGUUUUUGGAGAGUCGUCCGAAAAAACUCUUGUAUGAUGCCUUAACAUUCGUAACUACCAGAGUUGCUAUGACGUACGCGACCGUCCCAUUCGUGCUGUUACAUCUUUCACCGAGCCUUGCAUUUUAUGGGAAAUUUUACUACUCCUUGCAUUUUAUUGCUUUAGGAGCAAUGUUUUUACCGUCUAAAUCUAAGUUGCAUGGACUUACUCAAAAUUCGGAUCUAUCAAUCACUUCUACAUUUACAAAAGAUAUAACAGCGAGCGAAAACAAAGGAGAGGCGAAUGGAAAACUCAAAUUACCUUAACAAAAAUAACCCAGCAUAUUUUAAUUAAGUUUGCAUCAGACAAGAUGGAAUAAGAUUCUUUAUACAAUUUGUAAGAUAACAUUCAAGAUAUAAAACACAAUAAGCAUUUAUUUAUGACACACAACAAGAAAAUGUAAUAUUUAUAGUUAUUUUUCUACAGUAUACAUAACUAUUUACAAUGUUAUUAUU